AUGGCCGUCACAGAUUAUGCCCAGAGGUCGACCUCGUACUCCUUAACCACUCUGGAAGAUCGAUUUGAAGUGAUCAAGGAGAUCGGAGAUGGCAGUUUCGGGAGUGUUGCUCUCGCAAGAGUACGGGCAAAUGGCGCCAGUGUUGCUCGCCGAAAUACAAUGAUCGCCAUCAAAACGAUGAAGAAGACAUUCGACUCCUUUGCCCCCUGCCUGGAGCUCCGCGAAGUCAUCUUCUUACGAACGCUUCCCACCCACGCCCAUCUGGUGCCGGCAUUGGAUAUCUUCUUGGAUCCGUUCAGCAAAAAACUCCACAUCUGUAUGGAGUACAUGGACGGCAACCUCUAUCAAUUGAUGAAGGCUCGGGACCACAAAUGCAUGGACGCUAAGAGCGUGAAGAGUAUCUUGUACCAGAUCCUGUCCGGCCUUGAUCAUAUUCACACUCACAACUUCUUUCACCGAGAUAUCAAACCAGAGAACAUUCUUGUGUCGACUUCAGCUCCUCAAGAUUCCCAGUCUUCUUUCAGCAGAUAUUCCGCCCUGGUCACUCCGCCUGCUACACCGCCUACAUAUUCCAUCAAGAUUGCCGAUUUUGGUUUGGCUCGAGAGACCCACUCCAAGUUACCGUAUACCACAUACGUCUCGACCCGUUGGUAUCGAGCUCCGGAAGUCCUCCUACGAGCUGGCGAAUAUUCCGCCCCGGUGGACAUUUGGGCAAUUGGAGCCAUGGCAGUUGAGGUGGCCACCCUCAAGCCUUUGUUUCCUGGAGGAAACGAAGUAGAUCAAGUCUGGCGAGUGUGUGAAAUUAUGGGAAGCCCCGGAAAUUGGUAUACCAAAACUGGUCACCGCGUUGGCGGCGGUGAAUGGAGAGAGGGGACAAAAUUGGCUCAAAAAUUGGGCUUCUCUUUUCCAAAGAUGGCCCCUCACGCGAUGGAAACUAUCCUGCAACCUCCUCAAUGGCCAUUGGCCUUUAGCAACUUUGUCACCUGGUGUCUGAUGUGGGACCCUAAAAAUCGUCCAACGUCGAAACAAGCCAUGGAGCAUGAGUUCUUUUCAGACGCCAUUGACCCCCUCAGACCCAAAUCGUCUUCACGAUUACUGGGCCGGAAACAUUCAGAUCUCAGCUUCAGAUCGAAGGAUACGGUGGAGACACCAACCGUCACUUCCAAGCCGUCAUGGUUCCGAAGAUCACUCAUUGCCCGAGAGAGUGCACCUACUGUACCACAACAUAACCACGAUUCCAAAGCUGUGCAACAGGAAUCCGAAGGUCUGGUCAGCCGACUUCGACCUCAGGCGAGCAAGCGUGCGACGUGGACCAAUGGCACAAAUUCCACCGGUGCGGCACCAAUGCCAAUACUGCCCUCGAUUCGACCCAUUUCACCUUUGCCGAAUGCUGUGACUGCCCAAGCAAGUUCCACGUUUACGUCCCAGCCAGAAACGAAGCCAAACCCCUCGAAACCAACUGAGGAGAAAUCCAAGAAGAUUGGUCGGCAGCUGUCAAUCAACUCUAAUGGGAAUCAUUAUACCGAUAUACAUCGUCAAGAAGCCGAGCGAGCGUUGAAUGCAAACAGUGGCCUCGUAUCUCCUCCCAGUGGCCAUAAGGAGAGCUUCUUUUCACAUCUUCGCAAACGAGCGAGACGAUUCUCUGGCCGACACGGGUUGGCUUCUCCUAGUGGGGAUGAUGUUGAAGCCAAUGCAGCAAAUGUUCCCUGGUCGAACCGGUCUUCGCUUAUGGUCGACAGUGUCAUUCCUGAGGGCAACAACGACUUCUCGGACCUGGAUCAAAUCCUACAGAAUGUGAGGUACAGUCUUGACCGGAAUGAGCCGGAAUCUAUUCCAAGGAGAUCUUCGACGGAAUUGUUGUCUAAUCAGGGCACCUUGAAGAGAACGCAUUCCGUUCCGCGGUCACAAGGGAGUCGAUCUAGCGAGAACCCGAACCCAGCCCCCGUGGCACCUGUCAACACACGAUCGCGCCGUCCGUUACAAAUUAACCAGUAUGAGACCCCGGAAGAAGCAGAUGAGUUGUUGGAUGAGGCUCUUCGUUCUGCCAAUCGUGUAGUGAAGCGUCUCGACCAAAGUCAUCCUUCCAAGGAUCAGUCACAUCGAACCGCGCUUGCGCAGAAGGAUUAUAAUCGACAGUCAUUACCGCAUAUACCGAGCAACCCAGCACUUCAAGGUGCUUACUUAACACCGUCGCCAUCUGCCAAAAGGAAUGGCGUACAGUUCAAUUCCAGUACUGGACAUCAAGCACAACCUUUGAACAUUACCAAGAAACGUGCCGAAUAUGAACAUGCCCCUCCUCACUGGCCGACACCGCCCUAUGAGGAGAAUGAAUGGGCAUCCGCCGCUGCCAACAGUAUUUUCGCAGCUGGAUCAAUGUAUCGAUAG